AUGGAAUCUCAAACAUCCUUUACUACCGUUUCUGUACCUGUAUUUGAUGGACAAAACUAUCAAAUGUGGGCUGUCAAAUUGGAAGCAUAUCUAGAUGUUAACGAUGUGUGGGAAGCGGUAGAAGAGGAAUACGAAGUGUCUCUCUUGCCAGAUAAUCCUACGAUUGCUCAAAUGAAAAAUCACAAAAAAAGGAGGCUUCGAAAGUCCAAAGCCAAAUCAAUUUUGUUCACAGUCGUAUCUCCGAUCAUUUUCAACAGAAUAAUGACAUUGAAAACGGCAUAUGAAAUCUGGAAGUUUUUGAAGGAAGAGUAUCAAGACAAUGAGAAAAUCAAAGGAAUGCAAGCUUUGAAUCUGGUUCGAGAACUUGAGAUGCAAAGGAUAAAAGAUCCAGAGACAAUCAAAGAUUAUGCGGACAAGCUUCUUGGCAUUGCAAACAAAAUACGUCUUCUUGGCACUGAUAUUCCUGAAUCUCAAAUUGUUCAAAAAAUACUUAUAACAAUUCCAGAAAGAUAUGAAGCCACAUUGACUUCCUUGGAGAACUCAAAAGAUCUUUCUACUAUUACCUUGGCAAAACUUUUGACUGCACUUCAGGCUCCAGAACAAAGAAGACUCAUGAGAGAAGAAGGUCAUAUUGAAGGGGUUUUGGUUGAAGACAAUAUGCAGGUACAAGGGCUACCCAAACUAGAAGAGAAAUCACCCGUAUGCGCAACUUUGCAAUAUGGAAAACAAACAAGAUUGCAUUUCCCAAAAGAAAAAUCCUGGAGAGCAACAAACAAGCUGCAAUUAGUACAUAUGGAUGUUAGAGGACCUAAAAGAACCCCAUCUGUGAAUGGUAAGCAAGUAAAGCUAGUUGGUGAAAGUCAAAAUGAACCAGAAAAAUUAGAGGAAGAAGAGCAGCCUAAGACAACUCUUCCCGAAGCAGAAGCUGAAAAUGUGGAAAAGCCAAAAGAGAAACUACAAAUAGAUGAGGAAAUUGCAGAAGAUUGUAAGGACGUGAAGAUUAAGCAAGAAAUUGUGAUCAAGACUUCCAAAAGUGAAGGAACUUUAGAUGAUACGAUUAAGGACGAAAAAACUUAG